AUGCAAAAUGUUUUGAGAGAAUUGAAUACCUGCAGGCCACUCAAAUGGAUAAAAUUGAACAGUGGAUCUUAUUAUUCAUAUGUCAAGGUGUCAAAGCCAGAUGAAUUUGACUACCUUUUGUGCUCAACGCUUGUACAGUGUAGAAUUGAGCAGCUCUCCUCAUCACCCAAUUAUUGCCGUGUCUUUGUAACAAACAGAAAGAUGUUGCCACUUGACUUUCGAGAGCUCUUAGGUCCUGAUGAUGAACUGUUCCCAUCAAAGUUCAAAGAAUAUGUCUUCAAGGUGUUUGAUUUGUGUUUAAAGGAAAUGAGCAACAGAAGACUAGUUAAAAUAUCCACUGGAAGUACAUGUCCUGCUUAUACAGUAGAAUAUAAAUAUGGAAAGCAGAAUAAAUAUAUUUAUGACAUUGAUUGGAUUCCCUGCUUGGAAGUUCAAGACUGUCCAGAUUCUUACAUGGAAUGGAAAACAAAGAAGUUGACUGAUGAAGAAAAAUCAGACUGCAAAAUUCUUGUGGUUCCUAAAAAUUUGGCUGCUAAUGAUGAAAAUUUUGAAUUAUGGCGGCUAAGUUAUUCCACAUUUGAGAAGAAAAUAAUCCGUGACAAGUGCAAACCAGAUGAUCGACGUGUCAUACGAGUUUUAAAGAAUAUAUUGACAUGUGAAAAUGAUCACAAGAUCAAGAGAUCUUCCAUAUUUCUUCAUUUCAUCUAUCAACCUUUUGCAGAAUAUUGA